GCGGGAAGCCUGGAGGGUAGAGCUUGCUCCGGGAGUCGCAGUUCCUGCGGGGCGGCGGAGACGUCCGGUGUGAGUCUCUUGCGCUGUGGUGCUGGUGGAGAGCGUGUAUCGACUCUCCGGAAUACCAGGCCUGCCCGGGGCUGUGUCUGGGCCGCCCUCCCUUCCCAGGCGGGUGAGCCUCUCUGACCACUCCUCUUUUCCAGAGUCCUGUCUCAGUUCCCAGCGCGGCCGCUGACCCCAGCCCACAGAGGAUAAUGGCGACAGCAGAGGUGCUGAAUAUUGGUAAAAAACUCUAUGAAGGUAAAACAAAAGAAGUCUAUGAAUUGCUAGACAGUCCAGGAAAAGUCCUCCUGCAGUCCAAGGACCAGAUAACAGCAGGAAAUGCAGCCAGAAAGAAUCACCUGGAAGGAAAAGCUGCAAUCUCAAAUAAAACUACCAGUUGUAUUUUUCAGUUGUUACAGGAAGCAGGUAUCAAAACUGCUUUCACCAGAAAAUGUGGGGAGACAGCUUUCAUUGCGCCUAAGUGUGAAAUGAUUCCAAUUGAAUGGGUUUGCAGAAGAAUAGCUACUGGUUCUUUCCUCAAACGAAAUCCUGGUGUCAAGGAAGGAUAUAAGUUUUACCCACCUAAAGUGGAGAUGUUUUUCAAGGAUGAUGCCAACAAUGAUCCACAGUGGUCUGAAGAACAGCUAAUUGCUGCAAAAUUUUGCUUUGCUGGACUUGUUAUAGGCCAAACUGAAGUGGAUAUCAUGAGUCAUGCUACACAGGCUAUUUUUGAAAUACUGGAGAAAUCUUGGUUACCCCAGAACUGUACGCUGGUUGAUAUGAAGAUUGAAUUUGGGGUUGAUGUAACCACCAAAGAAAUUGUUCUUGCUGAUGUUAUUGAUAAUGAUUCCUGGAGACUCUGGCCAUCAGGAGAUCGGAGCCAACAGAAAGACAAACAGUCAUAUCGUGACCUCAAAGAAGUAACUCCCGAAGGGCUCCAGAUGGUAAAGAAAAAUUUUGAGUGGGUUGCAGAAAGAGUAGAGUUGCUUCUGAAAUCAGAAAGUCAGUGCAGAGUUGUAGUAUUAAUGGGGUCAACUUCUGAUCUGAGUCACUGUGAAAAAAUCAAGAAGGCUUGUGGAAAUUUUGGCAUUCCAUGUGAACUUCGGGUAACAUCUGCCCAUAAAGGACCAGAUGAAACUCUGAGAAUUAAAGCAGAGUAUGAAGGGGAUGGCAUUCCUACUGUAUUUGUGGCAGUGGCAGGAAGAAGCAAUGGUUUAGGACCAGUGAUGUCUGGUAACACUGCAUACCCAGUGAUCAGCUGUCCUCCACUCACUCCAGACUGGGGAGCUCAGGAUGUCUGGUCUUCUCUUCGACUACCCAGUGGUCUUGGCUGUUCAACCAUACUUUCACCAGAAGGAUCAGCUCAGUUUGCUGCUCAGAUAUUUGGAUUAAACAACCAUUUGGUAUGGGCCAAACUGCGAGCAAGUAUAUUGAAUACAUGGAUUUCCUUGAAGCAGGCUGACAAGAAAAUCCGAGAGGGCAACUUAUAAGAACAUCACUGUUUUUGUUUGUUUUUGUUUUUAGGAGAAAAACUACAUUUCUUGUUUAGCUUCAGGAAAAAAAAUAAAGAAAGAUAAAAAGGUUUUAAGUCAAUCAGAGAAAACAAAAUUUACUAGUGAAUAAAUGCUUUUCUAGGUUCAUGGGUUAGUAGACUAUAUGGAUAUAAUUGUUAAUAUUUCUUUAGGGGAAGUGAAAUUACUGUAAGAAUACUUUUAAAAUCUCUUUAGCUACUGUAUGGUCAUUGUUAGGUAGAUAACAUAAUCAAAUAUAUUUCUUAAAUGCUAAUAAUGUCCUAUUGUCAAGCUCUAAAAUUACUACUUGACCUUCUGUAUCUCAACCUAUAAGUUUUAGAAAGUUAAAAUACCUGUAUCUUAGAGUGAUAAGAGAAAAAUAUUGUCAUCUUUUACAUUAUGAUCUUUACAAAGUCCUAAGGGCAUGCUGUGUUAUUUGUAGUCAGUAUCUCAGAAUAGAUGUGUUUUUAGCGAUAGAGAUGCUGCUUUGUUUUGUAUCUGCUUGCUUGUUUUCUUAAGAAAAGUUGAGGUGGGUGUUGAGGGUAGGGAAGACAAAUGAAGUAAGAUAAAGGGAUACUGUAGAAGCCAUGGAAAGGGGACUUUUCUGAGAACUUCUAUGAUGGGUGUCAGGGCAGUUCCCCAUGAGGGAGGGGAAGUAGAAUAUAGGUCAACUUUGCCAUUCCAAAUGAAAGAUACAGUAAAUCAUACUUAGCUAUAAUGGGUGCCUCUGUGAUCCUAAAAUUCUUUUAAUUCUGAUAAUACAUGUUUUAGCCAAACUAACAAUCCUCAGCCUAAUAUCAUUUUCCAAAACUGGAAUCUCCUAGUUGAUAACCAUUAAGUAGUUUCUCUUCUUAGAAGUCUGAGCAGGGUACCCAGUUGAGAUUCACCUCUAAAGGAGCAGUUGUUACUGAGAGGUGUUAUAGUUCAUCAUCAGUCUAUAAACCACAUUUGGAAAUUAGGUUGUGCAGUCCUGAGGACUUUUUUAUAGAUCACUAAAAAAUAAGUAAAAUUUUACAUAUAUGUUCACAUUUAUAAAAAUGGGGCAAUCAUAGUUUUUAUCCAAAGGAUCUGUAUCCUCAAAAUGUUAAGAAUUUCUUGGGUGCCUGGGUAGCUUAGUUGGUUAAGCCUCUGACUCUUGAUUUUGGCUUGAGUCGUGAACUCACAGUCCUGAGAUGGAGCCCCGCAGCAGGCUCAGCUCUGGGAGUGGGGUCUGCUCUCCCCCUGCCCCCACCCCACUUAUUCUCCCACCCCCUCCUCCCCUCCACCUUCAAAAUUAACUUUCUUUAAAAAUGUUGAUCCCUGCUACAGAUCAAAUCUGGAUAAGACCCUUGCGACUGGCUUACACUGUCUAUACCUUUUCACCUCCCUCUCAGCUGUUAGCAAGCUAUCCUUUCAUAUCAUUUCUUUUACCUGGUCUCCGUGGGGUGGGUUAUGAUUGAUCUUACCUCUUCUUUCUUGGAUUAGACACCAAAAUACUCCAACCUCAAUCCUGAUGUUUUUCUUACAUUAUUCUUUCCCCUUAAGUAUUGAGGUUUCCUACACAGCCUCUCCAUUUUUGCAAGUAAUCAUUGGAGUAACUCCUUCAGCUAAAACUAGUAUUACUGAUUGCCAGCUCUGUGUUUGUAGUCUUGUAUUUCUGUCUGAAUGCUUUAAACUUAAUUCAUCUUCCAGCCAGCCUGUUAACUCUGGCUACUCUCACUGCCCCAAAUCAGAAGUGUUAUUUCAUCCUUGGUGUUUUUCUCUUACAUUUCACAGCUCACUUGUUACCAAGUUUUUAAUUUACCCAUCAUCUAUACAAAAGCAAGUGGAGGUCAAAUUCUACAUUAUUAAGCUGAUCUAGAAGGUCUUCAUUCUGUUUUGAAGUUGUCCAGGACUUACAAUAUAAACUUGCAAUCUCUUUUACAAUAUAGACUCCUUUGAAAAUGAAUGCCAUUGACUCUGUCCCUAAAAAUUACACACAAAAUUUACCAACAGAUUUCAUUGGUUUUUGAUGUUCCCUUGAAGCCAAUUCAUGGUCUGUAGUUUGUACUUUAAGAAUCACUGAUGAAACUUAUCAAGGGAACUCUCUUUCCAUAGUUUUUUGCCUAUCAUUUAAUCUGUCUCUUAAAUUCUUAGAAUGAACUAUUAAAAUCUAUUCUGUUAUUAAAAUCUAUUUGUUAGGUACUAGUUUCAUCUUCACUGUCUCCCUGAAACCUUUCCAAAUCUCUUCUAGCUACAAUGGCUACAAGUAGUUCUUUGUUGGGUUGGCAUUUCC